AUGGAAAUUCUCAAUAGUCUCGACCAAGAAGACCAAGCUAUACAUCUUGCUAUCGCUAAUAACAACUCGAUCAUCCAAUACCUUCUCAACCGACAAAGCAGCAAUGCAAUCCAUGGUGGCUCAGUUCAAGGAUGCUCUUUCAUACACCGUGAUCGAGAAAAUGCACAUUAUAGACUAUUCAGUGAUUACUUUUCGGAGAAUCCAGUCUAUAAUGAUGCUAUGUUUCGUAGAAGGUACCGUAUGUCUCGUUCCCUAUUCCUUCGUAUUAUUAAUGCAGUUGAAGAUUAUGACAACUACUUCACACAGAGAAGAGAUACAUUUGGUAGAUUAGGAUUAUCAUCCCUUCAGAAAGGAACGGCUGUAUUUCGAAUGCUAGCUUAUGGGCUACCAGCGGAAGCGACAGACGAGUAUGUUAAGAUAGGCGAAUCAACAGCAAUCGAAAGCAUGAAUAGAUUUUGUCGAGCCAUAGUGGAAAUAUUUUCGGAGCAAUAUUUGCGAUCACCAACAGCUAAUGACGUUGCCAGACUUUUUUACAUUGGUGAAAACGAGGUUUUCCAGGGAUAUUAUGAUCUUUGGAUAUGGCAUGCAUAUUUUGGAAUGCCGGGAACCAAUAAUGACAUCAAUGUACUGGAGUCUUCCCAUUUAUUCUCCAAUCUCGCUCAAGGUAUUGCUCCUCCUGCUCAUUAUAUCAUUCAAGGAAAAGACUAUAAUAUGGGUUAUUAUUUAGCUGAUGGUAUAUAUCCGAAGUGGUCUACCAUAGUGCAAACUAUUCACGAGCCAAGAUGUCCUAAAAAAAGGUAUUUUGCUACAAAACAAGAAGCAUAUAGAAAAUAUGUAGAACGUGCAUUUGGAGUUCUUCAAUCGCGUUUUGCAAUUGUGAAAAGACUAGCUCGGUUUUGGAAAAAAACUGUGAUUCAUGAUAUAAUGACUAAAUGUAUAAUUUUACAUAACAUGAUAAUCGAAGAUGAGCGUGAUCUUAAUGCAUCAAUUGAAGCUGGAAGAGAAGCUCCAGCACCCGAGGUUGAAAUAGCGGAUGAUGAAAAUACUCGAUUUCAAGAAUUUCUUGCUCGAUAUAGAGAAAUCAAAGAUAGAGACGCUCAUUUUUCACUUCGAAACGCUUUAAUUAAUCAUUUGUGGGAAAAGUACACUAAUGAUAGUGUUUAA